AUGUCAGCCGCCGCCGGACCCUCAACCAAACCCGUGACCGUAGUCUACUGCAAUGUCUGUUCGUUGCCCGCCGAGUACUGCGAGUUCGGGAGCAGCAUCUCGAAAUGCAAGACCUGGCUAGAAGAGCAGGAUCCUCAGCUAUUCGCCAAGCUAUACGGAGAAGACGCCAUCAAGGAGAAGAUCGGCACGCUAUCGCUCAGCGCACAAGAAAAGCUAGAAGCCGAGGCUGACAAGGCCGAGCGAAAGGCUGAAAAGAGAGCAGAAACCGAGAAGAAGAAGAAGGCUGCCGCCAAGGUCACCAUCAAACGAGAAGCCCGAACAAAGCGAAAGACGUUGACGUGUAUUCAUAACCUGGAAGCUUUCGGUAUCGACUUGAAGAAGGCGGCCAAGUUUUUCGCUCAGCGUUUCGCAACGGGGUCAAGCGUGAGCAAGAACCCUCAAGGGCAGGACGAGAUUGUCAUUCAGGGUGAUGUUUGGGAAGAGGUGCGAGACUUGCUGAUAGAACAAGCUGGGCCCCUAAAGGGAGUUCCAUCGGAUCAGAUCGUCAAGGCGGAGGACAAGAAGAAGAAGUCCGAAGAAUAA